UUGACAGAGAGUGUGUCUGGGUGAUGCUCUUAGUCUCAUGUGGAAUAAUCAAGGAAGCAGCUCGGAGAAGGAACACAGAAACUCCUGAAGUGCUUUAUUUUUGGACGACUACCUCUCAAAUUUGACUUUUCACCCGCCUCUGUUGACGAAAUCAAACCUUUUUUUUUUCUUUUAAACUUGUUCUUUAUCUUUGUUUCUAUUCCCCAUUAAUCCCACUUCUCCUUCAGCAGUCUGCAUCCAUCUAUCUCGCCCCCAUCUGCUGUGUCCACACUGUGCUAUUUCUUCCAGUGUGGUUGCGGCUGUUGUCUCUAUAUGGCUGAAUAAGUGGUAAAAGAGGGGGCUUGGUCUCGUGGUGUUCUCUGAGGGAAGUUGCAGUCAGGACCAGGACAAGCAGGGGGAGGAGGUGGUGGAGGAGGAUGGCAGUGGCUCUGGAUGAAGUGUGGGGGCGGGUGAAGAAUGUCUGCAAGCAGAACGGACUGCUCAUCCUGUCUGUGCUGGCCGUGGUCAUUGGCUGCCUGCUGGGCUUCUUCCUCAGAGGCAAGCAGCUUUCUGAGCAGGAGGUGAAGUACUUCCAGUUUCCAGGAGAGCUGCUUAUGAGGAUGUUGAAAAUGUUAAUUUUGCCCCUCGUCGUAUCCAGUUUGAUGUCAGGUCUAGCUGCCUUGGACGCCAAGUGCUCCAGUCGCCUGGGCAUCAUGACCAUCUCCUACUACCUCUGGACCACCUUUGUUGCCGUGGUAGUGGGCAUCGUCAUGGUAUACAUCAUCCACCCGGGCGGAGCUGCUCAGAAGGAGGACUCUGAGGAAAGCAAGAAGCCAAUGACCAGCUCUGCUGACGCUCUGCUGGAUCUCAUUCGCAACAUGUUUCCAGCCAACCUGGUUCAAGCAACUUUUCAACAGUAUCGAACCCAAAGAGUCCCCGAGCUCAUCCCCAAACCAACCUUGGCUCAGCUCCUGGAUGAGACCACCACACGCAGGGUCUACAUCUACGGCAUCCAGGAUGACAAUGGCACAGACGUCCAGAACUUCUCCCUGGAUCUGACACCGCCCCCUGAUGUCAUUAUGAAAACGUCACCUGGUACCAGCGAAGGCAUGAAUGUGCUGGGGAUUGUUAUUUUUUCCGCUACUAUGGGUAUAAUGUUGGGCAGAAUGGGACCCAAUGGAAGUGCUUUGGUCAACUUCUGUCAGAGUUUGAAUGAGGCAGUUUUGAAGAUUGUUGCCAUUGUUAUCUGGUAUUUCCCUUUUGGGAUUGUGUUUCUGGUUGCCGGUAAGAUCUUGGAGAUGGACGACCCUUCCGCCAUGGGGAAGAAGUUGGGUUUUUACGCCAUUACGGUGGUGAUGGGCUUAGUGCUGCACGGCCUAUUCAUCCUCCCGGCCAUGUACUUCUUCAUCACUAAGAAGAGCCCCAUUGUUUACAUCAGAGGCAUUUUGCAGGCCCUUCUCAUCUCCUUGGCCACCUCCUCCAGCUCUGCCACUCUGCCUAUCACCUUCAAGUGCCUCCUUGAGAACAACCACAUCGACAGACGCAUCAUCCGCUUCGUGCUGCCUGUCGGGGCCACCAUCAACAUGGACGGCACUGCACUCUACGAGGCCGUGGCAGCCAUCUUCAUCGCCCAAGUGAAUAAUUAUGAGCUUGACUUUGGACAGAUCAUCACGAUCAGCAUCACUGCCACUGCAGCCAGUAUCGGUGCAGCAGGAAUCCCACAGGCCGGACUCGUAACCAUGGUGAUCGUGCUGACCUCUGUGGGUCUACCCACUGAUGACAUUACUCUGAUCAUUGCUGUUGAUUGGGCUUUGGAUCGAUUCAGGACCAUGGUCAAUGUGAUGGGUGACGCCCUGGCCACAGGCAUUAUGGCUCAUAUCUGCAGAAAAGAUUUUGUCAAAGAAGGGGAGCAGGUUCCUCUCAUCUGUGAAACUAAGCCGAUGAUAAGCAUCCAGCAGAUGAUGACCUACCAGAACCAGAAGAACGGCUGCUACCAGCCACCUCCACCAGGCAGCAAGCAGGACCACCGCUCCCCAGACGUGGCUCGACUGAUCCAGCUGGAGGAGGGGAUCCGGCCGAUAGAGAAGAAGAAACACGCUCACUCUUCUCAUCACAAGAGAGAGCACAGAGACAAGGACCACUGUUCCGUUGAUAUGAACGGGCUGGAGACUAAUGUAUAAAAGCAGCUGCCCUGCCAACAGCUACUGGCUCGUCCACAACUGCAUUGCCAGCAGGAGAGGAAGACAAAUUAAAGCUUCAGGUGACUAAGAUCACACGCUUUCCCCCUCCGAAUGGAUGAGUGCAGAAGACCCUGGAAAAAAAGACAAUAUUUUUUUCUACAUAACCUAAAUAAUGACCCACAUUUGAUUGAUUGUGUGUGUUGUGUGUGUGUGUGUGUGUGUGUGUGUGUGUGCGUGCGCAUGUGUGUGCGUCCAUAUUUAUCAGAAAUGUAUUAUUUGGUACCAGCAGUGACAGUGGGCUGCUCUAGCUGACAGACAUUUAAAACUGAAGAACUGAUCCUGUUCAAGGUUGCGCUUACAUCCUCCCAGAUCGUUGAGUUAGUCCAUCUCAAAGGAGCAGAAAUGGAGAUCACAAUAACUAAUAUCAGAUAUAAUUUAAGGAACAUAUCCCUCUAGGACUGGAAAAAAACAGAAAACAUCCACUCACAUCAUUAUGAUCUGGUUUGGUAUAUUUUUAGCAUAAUACUGUUUGAGGUUUUUGUAUAUUAUUAUUUUUUUUUGUCAUUCUGUUCUCUGUUAUGAAACUCAGGCAAAGUUCUGCCUGUUUCGGAGCAUUUUUCUAAUAGAUUCACUGACUCAAUAACACGCACAACACAGAGGCAAAAUGGGACAAUAUAGCAUAAUUGAGCUUUAACAAGAAAGCUUUAUUUAACACACAUACGCAACAGUUUGGUUCACAUUCAGAAAAGCAAUGUCUCAGAUUUUGUUUUGAGGAAAAAAGAAGGGAUUAUUUACAACUUUCUCAGCAACACCUUUCCCUACACUUCUCUGCCUUGUUGUCCUGAGUCUAAGUGGGUACUCAUACCUGCAGUACUGUACGGUCA